AUGUCUGUCUCAGGCCUUACAGCUUCCGGUAUCUCGACGCAUGCGCAUCAUGGCCGCCCUUCCACCCGUGUUGCAAUCGUCACUGGAGCAGCGCAAGGGAUUGGCUUGAGCAUCGCGCUCAGGCUAGCGGACGACGGACUGGACGUUGCGGUGAACGACAUCGUCGUGUCGCUAAUCCGAGCGAAAGGCGGGCGAUCUCUAGCUUUACCAGGCGAUGUGUCCAAUGAAGACGACGUCAAGGCGAUGACCGCGAAAGUGGUCGAAGAGCUCGGAGGCAUAGACGUGGUACGCGGUCAUGUGAAUCGCGCUGCACAAGCCUUUCUCGACACAACUACCGAAGAGUGGGAGCGCGUCGUAUCCAUCAACCUCCGGGCGUCAUUACAAAUGGUCAAGCAAGGUCGCGGUGGCAGGAUAAUUGGUGCGAGCUCCCAGGCUGGAAGGAUCGGUACUACCAGCCUAGCUGCAUACAGUGCGACGAAGUUCGCCGUCCGUGGUCUGACUCAAACCGUCGCCCUCGAGCUAGCUCCGCACAAAAUCACGGUGAACGCAUAUGCGCCAGGGUUCAUCAUAACAGAUCUAGGUGCGUCCGUCCAUAUGAACGACUGUGGUCGUUCUGACGUCGGCUCGGCCCCAGCCUACCAUCCGGACGAUGAGAAGAAUGGAGGCAAGCCUGGCUCAACGGUCAAGAAGCUCUUCGGACUACCACCAGAUUGUCCUGAAUCCGGGCCCGAGACGGUGGCAAGUAUGGUAUCCUACCUGGCCAGCCCCGAAUCGCACUUCGUAACAGGUCCACUUACUGGUUAUGAACCUUCCUCAGGACAGACGAUCUUGGUCAACGGCGGCAGUCUCAUGGAUUGA